GGUUGAGAUGCGGUUUCGUCAACAUGGGUAUGCGUGUGCUGGUAUUCGCUUGGCUGUGCCUUCUGAUGCUGGGAAACGUCAGAGGGUUGCAGCAAAUCCAUUCACGCGAACUGGGUAUCGCUGACAUCCCUCCUUGCGGCCUCACAUGUCUGCUUCCCAGCAUAGCUGACAGCGGAUGUGGAAUCACCGAUUAUCAGUGCCAAUGUGGGAAUACAAUUCUUGCCAAACGCGUGUCGGCAUGCAUGCUUGCAAACUGCACGAUGGAGGACGCGCUAGGAUUCUCCCAAGUGCAGGAUGACGUUUGUGACCUCUCAGAGGAUUCCAAAUCGAAUACGGUUCUUAUCUGUACCUGCGUCUGCUACCCUCUCGCGAUCUUCUUCGUCACCCUGAGGCUUGUGGGCAAGGUUAUGUCUAAGAGAGUCCGCUUAGAGGAUUGGAUCAUCGUCAGCUCGCUCAUUUUGGCUGCCAUGCCUAUCGCAUGUGUGGUGAAGAUGACGACAAUUGGCUUCGGUGAGCAUUUGUGGAAUCUGAAGCCAGGUCAGCUACUUCACAGCUUACGAUAUUUCUACAUCGCGUGGUCAACAUACGUCAUUGUGCUCGCCAUGAUGAAAGCAUCUUUGAUUAUGUUCUACCUUGAGAUCUUUCCGCUGAAAAGAGUCCGCAUCAUAGCAUACAUCAUUCUGGGUUGGAUCGUCAUCAACUCGCUCAUACUGUUCUUCCUCACCAUAUUCAACUGCCGGCCGGUGAAUGCUUUCUGGGACCGGGACAUUAAGGGACAAUGCAUGAACAUCAACGCGCUGGCGUUUGCGAAUUCCGGGACAGCAAUUGCACAAGACAUUGUGCUCCUCAUUUUCCCUUUGGUCUGCAUUAGACAGCUGAAGAUGCAACGCGCGCGCAAGUUUGCAGUCGGCCUGAUGUUCAGUAUUGGUACAUUUGGAUGCAUUGCGAGUAUAAUCCGCCUACAAUCUCUUUUCACGUUCGAAGCCACCCUCGAUCCGACGUGGGACUACGUGCCGGUGACCAUAUGGACCGAGAUCGAGCUGGCAUGCGGUUACGUCUGCGUCUCGCUCCCUGCCAUUCGCGUACUCAUAGGACGCGUCUUUCAUACAAGCAUAUUCUCAUCUAUGGCUCGCUCGCGGAAUACCAACGACAUGGCCACGCCACAAAACUCCGUCCCCAAACAAAUGCCCAAAGCCAUACCUACGCAAGUGAAGAAAAAGAGACAGACUGUCUGGAUGCGGCUUUCAGCUGCAGCCUACAAAGACAGCCCAGGUUCCCCUGCAGCGGUGGCGUGGCCUGCUGGCUGGAGUCCGCGUCCAUGGUCUGGGCCUCAGCGCACGCCAACGAAAAGCCACCAAAGGCUGGGUAGUGACCACGGGUCUGUGUGCAACUUCUCGCAUGUGCGAACCUGCACGCCUCCCGUCCCAGAUCAAACCUCACGUUCGGGACAUGAUGUAGAGUUGGGAAUUGUUCCACAGCCUCCGUCCAAGGCCGCAGCAUGCUUAAGUUGUGGGACCGACAACGGGUACUUGACGGCAUUGCCGACGCUGGGGUGCCUGCCCGAUCGGAAUUUCUCUAACACCGAUCUCAGGCGACCGGUGACGAGUAAUUCGAGAUGGCACAAAUGUUCGGUGUGGAACAGGACCGCUGGUCAAGGAUAGUAAUG